AUGUUACCAAAUGAUAAGAUUUUGGGAUUUGGUUCAAUUUUUGGCAUCAUUGACACUGACAAAGUGUCACCCCGACCCAGCCUUAAAUCCUUCAGAGACGACUAUGACAGUGUCGCUAAAACAUGCGUCGCUGUUGGAUAUGUUAAAGACAACUGCAAAAAUAACCAAGAUAGAAAAAAUACGGUAAUAGCAUUCAACGCCAAAGCCAAAGGAAGUGUUCAAUCAGUAAGUACUGGGAACAUUGUCAUGUUCGGAGAAGUUGAUCUAAAUUUUGGAGGUGGAUACAACAGAGUCAAAGGGAUUUUCAUCGCCCCCAAAUCGGGUGUGUAUGUCUUUGAUUGGACAAUAAUGACGGACAUCAGCAAACCAGCUUAUACCUCUUUGAUCUUGAAUGGUAAAAGAAGGGCAUAUAACCAUUGUGCCAACAACAGCCACGGUAUUUACAUGUCAUGCAGUAAAAUGGCUGUCGUCAAAAUGAAGGCAGGAGAUAAGACUUGGAUUGAUAGUUUUCAUGGAACAUCAUCUGUUUACUACACACAUUCUUCUUUUUCUGGCUAUAUGUUAUGA